GAUUAUAUGACCUCGCAGCCAAACGGACACUGACGAUCGAAGUCUUUUCCCUUUCUCUCUUUCCCCCAAUUUCUCCUUCUGCGUCGUUCUUUCUGAGAUUCUGUUCGAGUAGCUUUGUACUACUAUACGUAUAUAUAUAGAGAGAGAGAUAGAGAGAGAGAGGGGGGGAGAUCAGAGAUGGCGAAUCAAGGGGCGAAGAAGUGAAAGGAAGAGAACAGUCGUCGCCUGAAGAACCUCCUUGGCUUCAUCAUCUUUUCCAAUGUUUUUUAUCUUGUGGUGAGGGCGGGGAUCUUCCAUUCUACUUUCAAGUGGAAGCAUUGGGUUGGCUUCUUGUUGACUUUUUUCACCUACGUUAUCCCCUAUCAACAACUUGCCACGAUGGCAAAACCUACAUAUUCUGAAAGUGGGGAGCUUGAAGAUGGUGGGUUUGAUUUGACUACUGAUGGAGUUUGCGGAUAUUUGCAUGAUGUAAUCUACAUUACUGGCUUUGUGCAGCUCACGACUAUCAUCUCUGAAAAAUUUUGGUACAUUUAUUUAGUGAUACCAGCGUUUGCAACAUACAAACUCCUUGGUUUUGUGAAAGGAUUUAUGUCACUUGGUUCAGAGAAAGCGUUGGUUGAAGCAAAUGAUGCAAAAUUGGAUGGUAAUAGACUAUUUGGAGAUGGGCAGUAUGAAGAGGCAUUGGUGCGGUAUGAAGUUGCUUUACAAGUUGCACCAGAGAUGCCCUCAUCUGUUGAAAUACGUUCAAUAUGCCAUGCAAACUGUGCAAUAUGUUUCUUCAAACUAGACACAAUAAAGGAAUGCACAAAAGCAUUAGAACUGAAUCCUAAUUAUGUGAAAGCUCUACGUAGAAGAGGAGAGGCUCAUGAAAAACUUCAACACUUUGAAGAGGCCAUUGCUGAUAUGAAGAAAAUCUUCGAACUGGAUCAAUCAGAUGUCCAAGCUAGGAGAACCAUUCAACGUUUGGAGCCAUUAGCUGCAGAAAAACGUGAAAGAUGAAACAAGAGAUGAUUGAUGAGUUGAAAGAAAUGGGAAACUCUGUUUUGGGCCGGUUUGGGAUGAGCAUCGACAACGUCAAAGCCAUUCAAGAUCCAAAUACUGGUUCCUAUUCGAUUUCGUUCCAACGCUAGUUAUGGUCUGUUUGUGUUCAUCUCAAUACACGCUUGUCAUUGGAAGAAACACUACAAGGAAUGUGGAGGUGUUUGACAUGAUGAUACAAAUAUGCAGUGCUUGUAUUUGCAGGAAUUUAGUUAAAACUGCAGAUGCAUUU